CGGGCCGGAGCUGCCCGAGCCCGCAGCGCCAUGGCCAGAAAGCGCCGAGCAUCGCCCCGGCCCGCGGCCGCCAAAAAGAGGCGCUCCGGGAGGCUGACAAAGGAGGAGAAGGAGGAGCAGGAGGAGGAGGAGGAUGAUUUUGAAGAGAAAAAGCCCAGUAUAAAAAAGACCUUAAAAGCUCCAGCAAGGAAAAAGGGAGAUGAUUGUGAUACUGAAGUUUCCAAUUCAGCAAAAACUUCCAAACCUUCAAAACAAGAGGCAAAAUCACAAGUAAAAGAAAGUAAAAAGAAUGCUAGAAAUAAAGAGAAUUGUAUCAAAGAGGAAACAUGCAGUGACUCACUGAAGCAUCCUCAGAAGGAGAUGAAAUUAAAGACAGAAUCUCCUGUUAAAAAAGAGACGGAUGAAGAAAAUACUGACAACGAUGAUGAUGACGAUGAAAGUGAAGAUGAGUGGGAGGAUGUGGAAGAACUUCAGGAACCUGCUACAGAUAAGUUAGAAGAAGCUGCUGCUCUUCCAUCAGUGGGGCUGCCAAGCAAUCCUGUCGAGAUAGAGAUUGAAACCCCAGAGCAGGCGAAGAAAAGAGAGAGGAGAGAAAAAAGAAAAGCUGAGUUUGAGAUGUACCUUCGGAGAAUGAUGAAACGUUUCAGCAAGGAGGUUCGUGAGGACACACAUAAGGUUCACUUGCUGUGUUUAUUGGCAAAUGGUUUCUAUAGGAACAGAGUCUGCAGCCAGCCAGAUCUCCUCGCCAUCGCUCUGUCCAUCGUCCCCGCGCGCUUCACCCAGGUGCUUGCAGGCCAAGUGGGCCUUGUCUACCUUUCCAACCUGGUGAAAUGGUUUGUUGGAACCUUCACUGUCAAUGAUGAGCUUUCCACUGAAAAAGGAGAGCCCCUUCAGUCAACACUGGAGAGGAGGUUUGCCAUCUAUGCUGCACAGGAUGAGGAGGAGCUUGUUCAUAUAUUUUUAAUUAUUCUGCGAGCUUUACAGCUGCUGUGUCGCCUUGUGCUGUCUUUUCAGCCUAUUCCUCUCAAGGAGACAAGACCAAAGGGAAAGAGCUCAUCCAAGAGGCUGUCUCACAGCAGCACCUCUGAGGGACAGGAGAGUUUUGCCACAACACCCAAAGCUGUGGCAAAAGCGUGCCCCUGCAAAAAAGCCAAGCAGGACGAGAAAUCCUCAGAGGGCAAAGAAAACAACAAGGAGCCAAAGAAACCUAAAACUGCCCAGACCAAAAGGACACAAAAGUCAAAGCUGACUAAAGGUAGCCAGGAACAGAAGGAAUCAAACAAUGAGAGCAGUCCAGCAGAAAAAGAUGUGCCAGUCAGGCCCAAGAACGACCGCCGGAGACGAGUGGCCUCCAAAGUGUGUUACAAGGAAGAGAGUGGAAGUGAUGAGGGCAGUGCUUCAGACUUUGAGCUUUCAGAGGAGGAGAGUGAUGUCUCUGAUGAGGAUUUUGAAAGUGUCCCUAAGAGGCGGAGGAGCUCACAGGCAUCCCAGAAUUCAAAACUGACAGCUGUGAAAAGGUCAAAAACUGAGACUUCAGAAACAAGGCAAUCAGAAAAUUUGUGUGGAGCUGAGACGAAGUCAGCAAAAAGUACAACUCCAGCCUUGCCUCAAGCAAAGAAGAAGAGAAACAAAAUCAUUUCUAGUGAUGAGGAUGAAGGACAGCAGGAAGUGAGGAAAGCCAUGGGCACAGACCAGUGGCUGGAGGUUUUCCUUGAGCCUGAGGACAAGUGGGUUUGUGUAGACUGUGUUCAUGGCAAUGUGGGCCAGCCCCAGCUGUGCUUUGCACAUGCCACAAAGCCACUUUUCUACGUUGUGGGGUUUGACAACGAUGGGAGUGUCAGGGAUGUGACACAAAGAUAUGACCCAGUGUGGAUGACCUCAACAAGGAAGAGCCGUGUGGACCCAGAGUGGUGGGAAGAGACACUGCAGCCCUAUGAAAGUCCCCAUGUGGAGAGAGACAAGAAGGAAGAAAAUGAGUUUCAAGUGAAGCUUCAAGAUCAGCCUCUACCAACAGCAAUUGGAGAGUACAAAAACCACCCUCUCUAUGCACUGAAGAGGCACCUCUUGAAAUUCCAGGCCAUCUAUCCUGAGACAGCUGCUAUCUUGGGGUACUGCAGGGGAGAGGCUGUCUACUCCAGAGACUGCAUACACACGCUGCAUUCCAGGGACACUUGGCUGAAGCAAGCUCGAGUGGUGAGGAUUGGAGAAGUGCCUUACAAGAUGGUGAAAGGAUUUUCCAGCCGGGCGAGGAAGGCGCGCCUGGCAGAGCCGGCCAACCGGGACCGGGAGGACCUGGCGCUGUUCGGCCGCUGGCAGACUGAGGAGUAUCAGCCUCCCAUAGCAGUGGAUGGAAAGGUUCCUCGGAAUGAAUAUGGAAAUGUGUAUCUCUUCUUGCCAUCCAUGUUACCUGUGGGCUGUGUGCAGCUGAAACUGCCAAACCUCAACAGAGUGGCACGGAAGUUGAACAUUGACUGUGCUCAAGCCAUCACUGGAUUUGAUUUUCAUGGAGGCUACUCACACCCAGUUACUGAUGGCUAUGUGGUGUGUGAGGAGUAUAAAGAGGUCCUUGUUGCUGCCUGGGAGAAUGAACAAGCAGAAAUAGAAAAGAAGGAGAAGGAGAAACGUGAGAAAAGAGCUCUGGGGAAUUGGAAGCUGCUGACAAAAGGACUUCUCAUCAGAGAGAGACUGAAGCAACGCUACUCCAUCAAGACUGAGCCAUCAGCACCUGAGACAGAGAAAGGAGGGGGAUUCUCCUCUGAUGAAGAAGGAGCUCCGAGCUCAGAGAGCACAGUGGGGAACACAGCCAUGUAUUGGCCCCAGAACCGCCAGCUGGAGAAACAAGAAGAGAUAAAAACCAAAAAGAGCAAGCGAGAGAAGAGAGGAGAAGCAGCUCAGUUGUUCCCUUUUGAGAAAUUGUGAUCACAAGCUUUCCUUUGGUGUUCUCAGGUGCAGGAAAUAUAGUCAUUAUAAAAGUAUCCUUCACCAGUUAGGGCCUUGGGCUCUUCCUCUGCACUUGUAUUUCUGAGCAGGCAGGGACCAACCUAAUUCAGUGUCCAGUUUCCUUUGAGAUCACAGGUAUCACUUGGGUAUCAGAUUCUUCCUUUUGUCC